GAAGGGAGGGCUAGGCAGCCGUCGCGGCCUCGAUGUCUCGGGGCGGCUCGGCGCCCGGCUGGGGCUGGUGGCCUCCGUCGCGGCGGCGGGGGCGGCAACAGCAACGGGCCAGGAGAAGGGUGGCCGCCGGUCCCGGCUUCCUGGAAGGAGCCUGGGCCUUUCCCGUGGCGGUGCUGGCGGUGGCGGGACUGGCGGCGGCGUCGCUCUCUUUGCUGGUGCUCGUGUUGGGCCUCUCCGGAGCUGCGCUCUCCCUGAUCGUGGCAGCGGCGGCUGCGGGAUCCUGGAUAGUCUCCUCGGGAAUAGGCGGCGGCAGCAAGGACCGGAGGGGGACCCCCUUGCUGACCCACCGCAUCUCCUUUGCUUCCAAGAGUAGCGAUACGGUCCUGGCCAACGGGGGGCCCUCCAUGAGCUCCUCCUCGCCCGGACUGCUCGUGCCUGAAAGGAGGCGGGGGCAGAUUUACGGGGAUCACCUGAGUCCAUCCACUCGUUUUACACUGACUCCUCGGCGGCGCUAUCCUAUCCAGCAAGCCCAAUAUGCUGCGUUGGGAACCUUGCCUUCAAUUUGCUGGGAUGAGUAUCGGCGGAAAAACAGGCUAUCCAUUCACCAUUCUAGCAUUGCCCACAGCCCUGUAACAGUGAAGAUUGCUCGGCCAGAAAGCAGCAUUGGCCGUUCUCCGCUGUUGGAGCAGUUGGUUUCUCCUGUGGCUUUCUCUUCAACGUCUAAUACUAUCCUGGAUCCAUGUGCAAAAGAAACUGUCUUGAAUGCUCUCAAAGAGAGCCGGAAGAGAGCUGUGGAGGAAGAAGAGGAGGACCAGAACUUUCCAAAUGGUCAAGAGAACAAGAAGAGGCGCCAUGAUAGUACUGGAAGUGGUCAUUCUGCAUUUGAGCCCUUGGUGGCCAAUGGAGCACCUGCAUCUCUUGUGCCCAAACCUGGCUCUCUGAAGCGGGGACUUGUUCCUUCCCACUGCCUAGAAGAUUGCUCCUCUAAGAGAUCGCGCACUUCUUCCCUCAGUUCUGUGAAUAGUCUGUCUGUGGGUGGUAUACCAAGCUCCAUCCGCAAUGCUAUUGCCAGCUCAUACAGUUCUACCAGAGGUCUCUCACAGCUAUGGAAGAGAACGGGACCAAGUUCCUCUCCUCUUUCCAGCCCAGCAUCCUCUCGGUCUCAGACACCUGAAAGGCCUAACAAGAAAGCAAGAUAUCCCAGUUCCAACAUCACUGAAGAAGAGCCUCAGAAAUCCAACUCGCAAAUGCCUGUGACAGCAGACAAAGAGACAGAGGAAGAGAAGAUUUCAGAAUCACCCUUGAAGAAUAAAAGCAACUAUGUGAGUUCACCAUCUUCAUCAGGAAGCAAUGGCAAGCGCAAGCGGAAGAUUCAGCUACUUUCAGCUCAUCAUGGAGAUAAUUUUGCCUUGCCUCCACCACCUCAACUGGGCUAUACAGUCACCCCAGAAGACUUGGAUGCAGAGAAGAAAGCAACACUACAGUGGUUCAACAAAGUCUUAGAAGAAAACAUUGAUUCUACCCCAAGCCCACCCGUGGAGACCACCUCUUCAUCCCAAACUUUGAACUUUCCACUGAUCUCCACCAAACCAACACCUGUGUCAUUGCCCAUCUCUACUGCCGCAACCAAUCCCCUUCUGGAGAGCUUGAAGAACAUGCAAGAAGGAAAGAGCUCUUCAGCACAAGCAGCCAAGACAGUUCCAGGGACUACAGGCAGCCCUCAGCUACCAGCUUUCUCUGCCUCACUGGAUUUGAGCUCCUCUGUGACAGUGACAUCCCCUAAGCCUCUGGCUCUCAACGCACCUGUUUCCACUGCUGCUCCUCCUUCAGGCACUUCCCUCCCCACCAGUAGCGCAGGCAGUUUGGUGACAGCUGCUUCUGAGCUGGGCCAUACUCCAGCCAGGCCCUCAUCUGCUCCAAAACCCAGCAUCCUUUUUGGGAUCCUCACAAGUCCUUCAGCCGACAAACCUCCAGCUGCAACAACGCCAUCAUCUUCUGUGCCCAGCACGGUGCCUGUUUUCAAACCAGUGUUUGGCAGCCCAGCAAAAAGUGAGAACUUUGGCUUCUCAACAAGUGGCACCACUGUGGUUUCUGCCACUGCGCAAUCUGUGCCUUCUUUGGCACCUCCUGUUGCUCCCAGCGGCAUAUUCAAACCCAUCUUUGGAUCACUGUCCACACCAGCAACUGCUGUCCUGCCUACCACCACAUCAUCUUCUCCCUUCACAUUCAGUCAGGCCCCUCAGCCAGCAGCAUCGUCUGGCCUUCCUGCCAUCAAUGCCUCGAGCAGCUUAGGGCUCCCUGUUCUCCCAGACGCCACUGUUACCACCUCGGUGUCACCCCCUGGAACAGCAAGCGUGACAUUUGUCUCCAUGAGCAAACCUGUGUUCAGUUUUGGGCCAGACAUCCCAUCCCCUGCCACUGCCCCCAACAACAACAGCAGCAAUAACACUCCUGCCACUGUUGUCUCCACGCUGGCAUCCCAGCCCAUGCUAUUUGGGGCUGCACCCAAUGCCAGCACAGCUGCCAUGUCCCUUUUCCAGUUUAGCAAGCAAGCUGCUCCUACAGGCGCCGCUGUCAAUCUCUUGGCGCCCUCCAGCACCACUAACUCAGCUCCCACUAUUGCUGCUGCUGCUGCUGCUGCUGCCGCCGCCACCACAGCUAAUACUUGCUUCAGCAUUUUUAGUGGCAGCAGCAGCAGUUCCACGCAGGCUUCUUCAGCACCAUCAGCCACCACACAAGUUCCACUGACAUUUGGAUCUUGCACCUCUGCGUUCAGCAGUACCUUUGGGGCUGCCUCAAAACCACCCCCUCCAUACCCUGCAGCUACAAGCCAGCUGGCUUUUGAUUCAGGUGUCUCUGAGGGCCAACAGGCAGCUCUCAAGCCUCCGGCAGCAGGACCCCUGAACUUUGGGACUCCUUUCAGCUUCACUGGUUCAGUAGCCCAACCUGCAGCCCAGCCAGCAUUUGGUAGCUCUUCGCAGACCCCUUUUGGAGGGGCUGGCCCCUUGGCAUCUUUUGGAGCCAAAAGUACUUCCCAGCCAGCAUUUGGAGUUGCAUCGUCCAUCUUUUCUUUUGGGACAGCCACCACAUCCAGCACUCAGACUACGAGCAGCAGCACAGGAAGCUCUGUGUUUGGAGGGUCAGCCCAAGCUCCGUUCACCUUUGGGGCAUCGAAUCCCCCAGGUGUGGCAGGCAGUGCUUUUGGUGUUGGUGCCAGCGCUACAGGCACAGGAGUGCCCACAGUUGGAUUCAGUUUCGGCAGUGGGCAGAGUGGAGCUGCAGAGGGAGUGACACCCUUUGGAACUUCCUUGGCACAAAACCCUCUGGGUGCCCAGAACCAAAACUCUGCCUUUGCUUUCAGCAUCCCAAGUACACCUGAGAGCAAGCCAGCAUUCGGAGGAACUCCCACACCUACAUUUGGGCAAAGUACACCUACACCAGGUGGUGGCACAGUAGGGAGCUGCAACCUUUCCUUUGGAACACCCAACACCCCCGCCUUUGGAGGAGGGACACCUGGUUUUGGGCCAGCGACAGGCUCCUUCUCCAUUGGAGCAGGAUCCAAGACAGGAACUCGCCAACGGCUGCAGGCCCGGAGGCAGCAUACUCGUAAAAAGUAACCAGGAGCAGCUUCCUGCCUGGAUUUCAACUCCCAGUUGAUCUGCUGACAGAUCCUCCUAAUACCGUACUACCCAAGGAAGACUUAUUCAGCUGGACUGUCCUGGGAGUCUCUUUUUCUAUAACAACCACGGGAAGCUAUUCUGGAUCAAAGAGUGAUUUUUACCCCUUCAAACGGGAUAGGAGAAACUUAAGCCCUUUUUACUUGAACAGUCUAUGGCUGAGUCUGGAUGAAAAAUUUGUACAUAUCCUCUAUUUUCCCUUCUCCCUGUGGACCUCUCCCAUUAAUCUUCCCUUCUUUCUCUGUUCUUAACUUCAUUCCUUUUUGGCUGCUUAGUGAAGGGUGUCGGGGAAAGUAUUUGGCUUGCAGCCAUAUAAACAUUUCUGAUUGAAACCAACUGUUAGCUCCCAUCCUCAGUUUCUUCUCUCUUUGGGAGCCUUUUCCAGAGAAUCUUCAGGGCUUCCUUGAUCCAAAUUCACAUCAAAAUACGGUCCACAGAAAGACCCCCUCUGUCCUAUUAGGAUAGCCACCCUGUCUUGCCAAUGCUUUUUGGCUUCAUGUGGUUUUAGCACUGAGUUGGGAUGUUAAUCAUUGUUAGCUGUGGCUACAGAGCCUAACAGCAGAGAUGUAGUUGGAUAGCAACAUGAAAUGGAGAAACAUCUUGGUAUCGGAGAUCCAGGGGGAAUCUCCCUCACUGGUCUGCUUUUUCCAUGACCGUUUGGUGAGGAAGAUGGUGCCAUUCACCCCUACAGCUUUUCAUUUCUGCAGCCUUUCCUUUCCCUCUGCCCUCCUCCCCCCCUUCAAAUGUCUGUGUUUUGCUCACAGUAUGUUUGUGUUCUUUUUUUAUUGCUCUGUGAAUUGAGUUUGGAGGAAGAAUUGAAUUGUAUGUGUGGCGGCAUGUUGGUAAUGCCGGACUUGUUGUAAACAUUUUUCAGGGUACCUGUCUCCAACGGAGACGAACCCUGCCUAAUUGGGUGUGGACAGUCACUGCAUGGCUACAUGUGCUGAAUGAAAUGUGAAGACUUCAACUUUGGAAGGCUGGAAGUGCCACCUUGGGUCUGGACCCAAGGCCUUCAGAGGAAGACAUACCUCCCUGAUGUUUGGUGGCUCCAGGACCUUGUGAAAAGUUCUCGUUCUGUGCUGAGCUUUAGAGUAGGGAAGAAAAAUGUUUGUAAGGUGGAAGAGUAAAAUCAUAAGCCCUGUGGGGCUCUGGCUGAAAUCUGAUUUUUUUUUUCCAACUUAAAAGAGUCACAGCAGUCAGCCAUUGCGGGUAGACAAGCAGCUCGGCAACAAAAACGGUUCUUCUCAGCCAGUUUUGUUCUUGGAAGUCAGGCCAGCUGCCAGUGGUGUGAAUGUAUGCGUGAGCCUGCCUAAUUCUAAAUUUAAAAAAAAAAAUAUUUAAACAUUUUUUAACAAAGUGAAACUUUAUUUUUAUAUUUAAGCUAAAUUGCCUUUAAAUUCCUUCAAGCUUGGUUCAUAGAGGUGUGAAAGUACAAAGUUGUUCAUUAGCAAUUUGCCUGUGCUGUUACGAGACAACAGGGCUUAUAGGGAAGUGGGGGGAACAUCUGCUUUCUUGCCACCACCCCCUCAGGCUUCACAGGUCAGUGUUUCAUGUGUUUGUUGAAUAAUGUGAGUGUGGCUCGGUCUGUUCCAUAAUGCUUGAGAGCUCUUGCACGUUUAAGUCGGGCUGGGAAAGUGAAUCUGAGUCGGUGCUUGUCACUUGGAGGGAAGGCAGAUGUGUGGCUUGUAAAAGAACGGCCAUUUUAGUGAUAGCUUGGGACAGAGACUAACUUUGUUGGGGAAAAGGGCCAUCUUCAAGAAUCCCAUCCAUUAUUUAAUAUAUUAGUUAAUAUUGACCAGUUAACUAAUAUUCUUAAUAACAGCUCAUAUUUCAUCUCUCCACAUAUGGCAGUGGAAGGGGUGGGUGGUUAGUCCUCUGCCAGCAACGUGGGGAGGUGUUUCCUUAGUGCCCUGAGUCUGCAAUGAACCGGUCAUUUCUCCAGCUGGGAAGCAGCUGUCCCCACCCACCCCUAUAAAGGUAGAGCACCUUUUUGUUACCAAGAUAUUGCUGUGUGUGAAUGAAAUGAAUUACGUAAAAAUAAAAAGAAUGGGCUGGCUUUUUUAAAAGUUGCAAUGGAGACUUGGAUCAUUCCUGUCAAGGGUUUUAGUGUGACUGUGCAAUUUCUUUUCCUUGCUUAUGUUGAUUUAAAAUAAAACUGCUUGAGCCAGAAUGUUUUUUACUCUGUUUUUUUGGCCAAAUAGCCUCCUGGAGUGGCUUGACAGAUCAAUAAAAGAUGCUAGUCUCUG